UACAUGUUCACGUCUCUCCCGUCAUUCUUCGAUCCGUCAUCCUUCCUAUAUCUCUUAAAUUCCUAUAAACUGACUUUGAUACUUGAUCGCACGCAUUAUUUUUGUGCUUCAACAAUUCUUACUGUGCGCAUGAGUCUACCUAGUAAAGAGAACGGACGCUGAGGUUGCCCGACAGUUUGCCCUGGAUCUGUUGACGAAGUCGGACUACGUUACACGACGAGCGUACGAAAUCGACCGUGUCUGCUCGAAAUCUCAGGCAUUGUGUAAAACACGAACGAAAGUACAUCGAAGUAAACAGUCCCAGUUGGUGCCCAUCAGUACCCAUCGGGCUAGUGCCACCUAUCCAGCACUGAAAUCAGUCCGAAUCAGUUUCGAUAGUGGUCGAGCUGGCUGGGUUGAGAAGGCUCAGCACAAACGCGUCCCUUCUGUCGAAUAAGGAUAGGAGAACUGAGAAGACGUGUAUACGGAGGAAAGGAGCCGACAGUAAAGGGUCGUAGCGCACCGAAAAGAGAGGGACUAUCGUCAUAGCGAUUAUGUGGAAUGGCGCCGAGAAAGAGGCAUGCGGUGAUGCGGUAGCGGUAGAAUCUAAGAAAGGCGCCGAGAUUGCCGAGAAUCGCUCAGCCAGUGACCAGCAACAGUUCGCGAGCAACAACACUGCCAACGUUCCCGUUUCGGAGGAAGGGAUUCAAGUACGAUCUGUUUUCCCGCAGAUCGCAUCGUUCGAAUCCUGUCCUAGGAUGGCUGACGACAACAUGACCAUCCCCGGGGACACGGAUGAAACAACAAUAUUGAUACCGCCUCCAAAUGUCGCUGAAUUCCAGAUUGAAUGCAAAACGGAACCGGGAACUGAAUUGGGCAACUCGAUCGACGAUGACCCAUUGGUAUUUAAUGAAUCCUCAAUACACAUUCCGGUAUUCGCACCUAUGAUAAAGGCUCCAGUUGUUUUAUUGGAGAGAUGUGAUAAAAUUUGGGAAACAUUACAAUUAAUAAAGACUGUACAGGUUGAGAAGCCAGCAGUGCUAACUAAUGAUGAUUGUGACAAAAAUGAAGAGGAAAAAAAUAAGGAGAAAGUGCAGCAUUUAGAUAAGGUUGAGCAAUCUGAAUCACAUGUUAAGAAUCAACCUAAAUUGAGAAGUGAUAACACAAUACCACCUUUUAAAGUUUCUGUCCUAAGAACAAAGAAAUUAUAUCCUUGCGCUAUCUGUGGUGUCCAAUACAUGGAAAGACGAUCCUUAAGAAAGCAUUCGGAAAGAGUACAUGGAAUUGUCAUUCCCUUACAACGUAAACGUUUGAAACAGAAUGCUUUAAACAAAAAAAAUUUCGAUGGAGCCAGUCAAGUUUCUUCUAUUAGUAAAGAAAAUAACAAUUCUGAAAAGAUUUAUGAUAAUAAAGAUUCAUGUGAAAAGGCCACUGCAAAGACAAAACUUACCAAUGUUGAAACUACUACUUCACUGCCUGCUCUAUCAGAACGGUUUGUCAAGUGUACAUUAUGCCAGCAAAAAGUAUUAUCUUUAAGGAAACAUUUAACUAAUUAUCAUAAAAUUGGAGGUUCUACAAGUGUAAUGGAACAGCUAGAAUCAUCAUUAUUGAGUGAGCCUAAAACAUCACCCGAAGAUAAACGAACUACAUUAAAAAAUGACCCACAUCAAGAUGGAUUUCGCUUAAUGGACAAUGAAAACGAUAUUCCUAAAACGUCUAAAGUCCAAGGGAAAAGAAAGUAUAAAUUGUCUUAUCCUAGAAAGAAACGCAAGUUGAAUAAUGAACGUUAUGCAUUUGUUCAGAAUCCGCCCACCGUCGCAAAGAAAGAAAUUUUAAAUGCUUGUACAUAUAAAUGUGACAUUUGCUUAGGAUUCUAUAAAACUGCUCAUGGUUUGUACAAACAUAAACGCAUUCACAAAUUACGUGGAGAAACUAAAGAAAAUUUUCAUAAAUUUCCAUGUAGAUACUUUAAUUCACCAUUUAAUAAAAACUACAAAUCAUUGCAAUCUUCCACAAAGUCUGCUAACACUGUUGCAAACAAUGCUAACAAUAGAAUAGAUGAAAAGGCUACAUCGCAAUUAAAUAAUUCCAACCGUAAUACAUUGUAUAAUCAAAAUAGUCCAAUUUCUAAUCGAGCUAUUCGAUACAAUGAAAGAAUUAACAAAAAUAAUGAAACUACUUGUAUAUGUGGAAGAUCAUUUCGAAAUCCUCAUACCUUGUUCCUUCAUAAAAAUAAUUGUGACUUAUGUCAAAACGAGGAUAUAGUAAAGAGCACUAGGGUCAGUAGUGAUAGAGACUCUGGUAUUGGCAUUAACAUAACAAUCAAGAAACGAAAUGAUUCAUAUGAGAUAGUUGGUAAAGAUGACGAAGAUAAACUUAAAAAUUCUCAAACAUGUCUCAAAGAAGAUACUUCAUCUAUGUCUUGCACAUCUAAUUAUACCAAAGAUUUCACUAAAGCAUCCGCUAAACAACAAGUAUCAAAUAUAUCUGAUUCAUCUAAAUACAGUAAAGAUCAUAGUAUUUUGAAGUUAGAAGAUACAGAUGAAGAUGUAAUCAUUGAUAUUGAAGACGAUGUACAAACUGCUCUUGAUGAAAAUAAUACAACAAAGAUGAUUGCACAAGGAAACGGCAAGCAGAAUUCGUCAAAGCUGGAAAAGGAUACAAAAGAUGGAAAAAUUGACAAAAUUUGCAAUGAAGUCAAUACAUUAAAGCAAAUGUGUCAAAAGGUUCUCGACAUUCGUGAAUCUAGGAAUAUAGAAAAUAAGAAUAAAGACUAUAACCAAAUUAAAAAACCGUGCAAGGAAAAUAACCAGGUUAAAAAUCAAGAUAUACAUCAAAACAAGCGGCAAUUACGAUCUACAAAUAAACGAUAUCUUUAUUCUAAAAUGGAAUCGGAUUAUUCUCAUAAUGAAACAAAGGUUUGUACGAUGCAAUUUAAACCAAUGAUAUGUGGAUAUUGUAAGGAACAGUUUAAUAAUAUUAAGUUAUAUGAUAAUCAUCAGUGUACUGUUAUAAAAGGCAGAUCAUUCGAUGAAUUUUCGCUACAGUUGCGGUGUUUUCUUUGUAAAGAAGUGCUAAAUAGUUACAGCGAAUUUGAUGACCAUAUGAGAUUCAAACAUUUUGAUCAUGGCUAUCGUUGUUUCCAAUGUCCCGAACGAUUCACAAGUGACAAAGGACGAUUAUCUCAUUUUCAUUUAGACCACAAAGAUUUGAUUUGUAGAUUUUGUAAUAAAAAAAUUACUAUUUCCUUAAAGACUCCACACGAAGGUUAUCAUUUAGGCUUUGGUUAUCCCUGCCAUAAAUGUAAAAAGGCUUAUACAAAUAGUAGGAAUCUUUCUUAUCAUAAAUAUACGAUACAUUUUAAUGGAGCUGAUAACUUGGUAACUUGUACUAUAUGCUUGAAAUCUGUGAAACUCAAAACUUUCCGUGGUCAUAUGAAAUGUCAUAAGCACAAUGCUUGUUAUUUUUGUGGCAAAGUAUUUUCUGAUAGAGUAGGUUUAGAAUACCAUACCAUGAUGAAUCAUGGUACAAAUUCCAAGUUAAAAUGUAAUAUCUGUGGUACGCGAUUUUAUACUAAGAAACAGCUUGAAAGACACGAGAAGAUCGAUGGAUGCAAUAAUGGCAUGCAACAGAAUGAAAAGCUGAACUGCAACAGAAUGUGUUGAGAAUGUUUUGUUGUUAAUAAAAAAUAAUAGGAAGGAAACGAAUCAACAAGGAAAGGCUCCUCUCGUGAAAUUAGAAUGAAAUUAAUCCUCGAAGACGAGAUGAAUUUGUAUUUCUCAGCUAUAACUUUGAAACAAAGUAUGAUAGCAUAAUUUCAAAACAACGUUGUGUCAAAUUUUGCGAGUCGUCCCUCGAACACGAGUCUCUAUCCGGAGCGGACGCGGCAUCCGCCGGAGUACCACUGUUUUUGCGUUAACUACCAGGUCUACAAGGUCAUACAGA